AGGAAGAAAAUAAGAAAUACAAUGUUUUAAAAACAAAGAGAAGAUACGUGGUCUCCACCCUCCUUGCCACCGCAAAUUGGGCCCCACCGAACCAACCGGCCCAACUCAGAGAGAUGAGAACGAGCUCAUUUGGUGGCCGCCUGGGCGAUUACACAGGUAAGGAAGAUCGAUGUGAACUCACCAGAAUCCCCUAUGGCAGAUGCUUCAUUUGUGAGGUUCGCUGCUCCACAAUAAGAAGAAUAGGUCACGGGAGAGAAAGACUACUCAAUUGCCUAUGUAUUGUUUCAUUUCUCUCUGAAAUUUCCGGAACUGAAUCUGUAUAUACGGUUUUUGUUUGAACUCAUUGUUGAUCGAGGUCAUCUGUUGGGUUGACUGUUACCUUGAGCCGGUUUGAUCUGUUCCAUGGUCACCUCUUUCUAGCCAUCUGGAAGACUGGUAUCUUGAUCCAAUGUGACAUAUGAUGAUUCAAUGAACCUGCGAAAUAUUCUUUGGCUGGCUCCAUUGCCUGGCGAUUCUGCGGAAUCUUGGUGGAAUUUGCUGCAUCCCUCUCUUUUCUCCUUCUACACUCGCGCUUUGCUACUUUAUCUGUGCAACUAACUGCACCCACCAUUUCUCGAUACUCUUUUUUUCUCUUCUAUCUCCAUUUUUUUCGCCGAUGCCUCGUCUUGAUCGCGUUGAUGUUUGGAAAAGCAACGCUCGACACCUGCAGCUCCAGCUCCGGGACCGAUUCAGAGUCGCCAUUGACCGCCAUUGGCGCUGCCGCAACCACCAUACCUUCAUCCCUUCCGCCGAUGGCUACUUUUCCUCUACGAUUCAGCGCUGGCUUAGCAGAUUUCGUGAUUUUCGGAGGGACUCUUUGCCUUCAUCUACCUCUUUCUAUCGCAAACGAGUGACUAAGGAUUUCAGUUCCGAAGAGGAUUCAACUCUCUUUCGUAUGAUGCAAGCUGUUGCUGUUCCUGUUCUUGGAAAUGUAUGUCACGUUUUUAUGAAUGGAUUGAACCGCGUUCAGGUUUAUGGUUUAGAAAAAUUACACUCCGCGUUGCUGCACAGACCUAAAGGCAAGUCUCUUCUUACGGUUAGCAAUCAUGUUGCUUCCAUUGAUGAUCCGUUUGUCAUUGCUUCGCUGCUUCCUCCUCAUGUUCUUUUGGAUGCUAAAAAUCUCAGAUGGACGCUUUGUGCAACCGAUAGGUGCUUUAAAAACCCUGUAUCCUCUGCAUUCUUUCGAUCUGUCAAAGUCUUGCCAGUUUCUCGGGGUGAUGGGAUUUAUCAGGAGGGAAUGGACAUGGCCCUUUCAAAAUUGAACCAUGGUGGUUGGGUUCACAUAUUCCCAGAAGGUAGUCGUUCCCGGGAUGGAGGCAAAACCAUGGGCUCUUCCAAGAGAGGCGUUGGCAGGUUGGUUCUGGAUGGAGAGAGCAUGCCCCUUGUUGUCCCAUUUGUACAUACAGGGAUGCAAGAGAUUAUGCCAAUAGGUGCUAACUUUCCCAGAAUAGGCAAGAUGGUAACAGUGCUCAUAGGCGAUCCAAUCAAUUUUGAUGAUAUACUCUACAUGGAAAAGGGCCCGGAUGUGCCAAGAAGAAGACUAUAUGAUGUAGUAGCAUCGAGAAUUGGUGAUCGGUUACAUGAAUUGAAGGUCCAAGUUGACACCAUAGCAAUUGAACAAGAAAUGCAGCUACAAGAUCACUCCUCACAGAGCAUGGAACGAACAUCUGGUAUCUUGCAGCAGGUUGAUUGGGAAUUGUUUGGAAUGGAUAGUCUUAUGUCUGUAGAUGAUGAUCCCAAGCAGAGACAUGAAACGGUUGCCCUCGCAAAUACAUGCAUUUCUCAACAUCAGCAGUCUCAUAGUGAUCAAAGUUGGAGAAUGAGUCUCUCAUUCAGGAUGCGUGGUUAUAUAAAUCAGAUGGAGCUCAAAUCUUUUGCGGCGAGAGGCUUACUUACGAAUAAUGAAACUAAGAACUCUGUUGGCUGUAGUAGACAGAUAAGCCCCUUGAGGGCAUGGAAACAGUUUUUGGAAGCUAAUCUAUUACGGCAGCGGAAUUACGUCCAUUGCUGAAAACAUAGCUUUAGAUGGUGUAAAUUCAAAUCUUUGCUUCUUGAUUAAAAUAAUUGAGUUUUUGUUAGACCAAUGGAUAAAAUUCGUAACUCAACUCAAUUAGCUAGUGCACCAGUUAAUUUGUUUUAGUGGCAGUGUGUAAUUAUUUAGUGGCACUCGGUUAUUUUUCCUUUCAUAUAGUUAAAAAAUUAUUAAAGAAUUAAUAAAUAGCUUCUUUUCUC